AGAGAGAGAGAGAGAGAGAGAGAGAGAGAAACUUCAGAUAACGUCAGACAACUCUCGCGCAAGGAGGAGCGCGUCUCCUUAAAGUCUGAAGCUACGCAAACUGCUGUGAGUUUAGGGAGGUCAGGGGUUUCCCUGGAGUCUGCCCCCCCCCCCUCCCCCCUGCACACACUGAUGGAGUCCCACAGGGGGAGUGGCUUGCCUCAGAAGGACUACAAGCAGCACAGCCCUCGAAGCAGUCUUCAGGGUGACAGCACAGGCCAGUUUGGGGUCAGAGUCCAAGUCCAAGGGAUCAAAGGUCAUCCAUAUGUGGUUGUGAACAACGGUGGCAAAGAUCCCUUUUGCUAUGGCAGCCAGGAGUGUCUCAGGGAUGUUUCUGUCGUAGGCCUCCAGUCUGAGAAGGGCCUUGCCAUGGUCAGGGGAUCCCCACGGGGCAGUCCCUCAUGGGAUAGAAGAGCAGCUCUUAAUCAGGAUCAGUAUGGCUCUCAGGGAGAGUUCCCAAGAUCUCCGACUGGGUUUCACUAUCUGAGGCAUCCUGAGUUACUCCGCCCGUACGACCCUGAUAACAGCUUCCGAGUCCCCUCUCCCACUCAUAUGGGACAUUCAAACAUGAUCCCCACGUUUAGAGAUGCCCAGGCAGCUCUGCCCAAAGUCAGGAUCCCAUUACCAGCUGAGGGGUCAGUGGAAGCCCAGAGCCAGCCCCAGAGCCAGCCCCAGAGCCAGCCCCAGAGCCAGCCCCAGAACCAGCCCCAGAGCCAGCCCCAGGGCCAGCCCCAGAGCCAGCCCCAGAACCAGGCCCAGAACCAGGCCCAGAACCAGGGCCAGAACCAGGCUUUUACCCCAUGCAGGGCUCUCAGAGACCAGGCCGAGGCCACCCGGAUGUCCCCCAGCUCUCUGGAGCCUGAGCCCGUCCCCUCAGUGGGGAGGUUAAUAGACCAGUUUGACAGGCCCCAGAGGAGGGGGCGCUGUGGCCGCAGGGGCAGGAUCGACCCGGAGGACCAGAGGAGAUCACGCAGUGUGGACAGCAGCCAGCCGUUACACCCCUCCAGCCUGUCUGCCGUCAGGGGGGAGACCCCAGGGGGAUCCAGUGUCCCCGGUUCUCCCAGGGCUGUCCCCGGGUCUCCCAGGGCUGUCCCCGGGUCUCCCAGGGCUAGGUUCUUUGUUGGAGAGGUGCCCCUACUGGCACAGAGAAGAGGAGGCAGCAAGUCCACCACGCUGCUUUACAGAGGACAGGAAGACAAGGAGCAACCUUCUCCCAGAGCAGUUAAAGUGCUGUACCGAGGGGACAAAGCCUCCCAGUCCACCAACACCACUGAUGAAUCCACGGAGGAGAGAGACACGCAGGUUACUCCAGAUCUGCUGAAAGGGUGGCAGGAGCUUCUUCCACAACCGAAUGCAGAAACCACCAAACAGAUACUGUACACUUACCUCAAGGAUGGGACUACUGACAAUGAUUCCACCACUCAAAAGAAGGUCAACUUGGUUUUUGACAGAAUCGGCCAGCUGAAGUGGAAGACUGCAGAGAAAGUGGAGGCGGAGAAUAAAGACUUUGCUGCUGAGGCCAAGGCACUUCAGGAGAAAGGCGAAGCUCUGGAGAGACAAGUGUCAGAGUUGAAGAAACAACUGGAGGAUGAAACGCUGAAUGAGAAGAGUCUAGCAGACGCGUGUAUGAAGGCCAAGGAGAACGUGAAGGGCUUGGAGGAGGAGCUGGAGACGAGGCAGGAUGAGCUGUCUAAACUCAGGGACCGACUGGCUGAAACGGAGACCGAACUUCAGACAACCAAACAGGAGCUUGUGAAGAUGAAGGCAGAGAGAGAGAAAUCCAGGAUGGAGAUGAAGGACCUGCAGCAGCAGCUGUCUGAGAUGCACGAUGAGCUGGACCAAGCCAAGACGUCCGAGGCUGACAGGAUCCAGGACGAAGUUCUUCUGAAGGACAUGGCCCAGCUGCGUGUGGAGUUUCAGGAGGUCCUGCAGGUGCAGGAGGAGCAGGAGGAGGUGCUACGCUGGAGGGAGAGGGAGCUGACCGCCCUCAAGGGGGCUCUGAAGGAGGAGGUGGAAACACAUGACAAGGACAUGGUUUCUCUGAGGGAGGAGUAUGAAAAAGAAUUCCAGGAGCUUCGACUGCUCGUGGAGAAAGUCAAAGAGAGUAACUGUCUACUGGGCCGGGAGAAGGCUCGGGUGGCGGAGGAGAGCGGAGCAGCCCAAGAGCAGGUGAUGGAGCUGAGCCAGGAGAGGGAGCAGCUGAGAGGACAGGUGCAAGACCUGGAGAGGGAGGUGGAUCACCUCAAUCACAUGAUCCAGGAGUCCAGAACCCUGGAGAACCAGCUGGAGGAAAGGUCCAACCAGCUGAGGAAGGAGAAACAGCAUGUUGAGGAAACGUUGAUGCAAGUGAGAGAAAAGGAGGAGGAGCUAUGUCAGGCCAACCACGCCCUGGCUGUGCGGCUCGAGUACAUCCAGAGUGAGUUUACCCAACUCAACCAUGAACACAGAGACACGAAGGAGAAGCUGAAGGAGGAGAGGAGACAGACGGAGGAUCUGAGGAGGAGGCAGAGCGGUCUGGAGGAGGAGAGACAGCUGCAGGACAGAUGUGUGGAACAGCUGCAGAAACAGAUGAGUGACCUAGUAGGGGAGAGUGAGACGUCCACAGGCAGGCUGCAGGCCCAGAUCGAUGAGGCCAGGGAGACGAGCUUCAGGGAGCUGGCAGCGCUGCAGAAACAGCUGCAGGAAAAGGGAGUAGAACUGGACAAAUCCCGACAGUCUGCCAACAAACUGCAGGAAGAGCUGUCUACCUUGGAGGAGGACCUGAAGCGGUGUUGGAGGGAUCGGGACACCGCCCAGGAGACGAGCAGACAGAUGGGCCGGAGGGUGGAGGAGGUGGAGGAGAGGGGCACAGCUGCCCAGGAAGAGCAGGCCAAACAGGUCCAAAUCCUGGAGGGGCGGAUAUCUCAGCUGGAGGAGAACCUGAGUGAGGAACGCACCAGCGCAGACCUCCUGAUGAACAGAGUGGACAAGGGCAAAGAGCAGCUGGAGAAGAUGAGGGGUGAAUUUCUGCAGGAGAGAGCAGCCAGACAGGAUCUGGAGUGUAAUAAGAUUACCCUGGAGAGACAGAAUAAAGACCUGAAGGGCCGAGUCUCUUACCUGGAGGGUUCCCAGAAAGCCACCCAGGACGGCCUGGUCUCGAAGCUGGUGGCCCGUAUCCAGGAGCUGGAGGAGAAGCUGCAGGUGGAGGAGAGAGACAACAGUAACCUGCAACAGGCCAACCGCAAACUGGAGCGCAAGGUCAAGGAGAUGAUGAUGCAGAUGGAGGACGAACACCUGUCUGUGCAGACGCAGAAGGACCAGCUCAACCAGAGGCUGAAGACCGCCAAAAGGCAGAUGGAUGAGGCGGAGGAGGAGAUUGAGCGGUUGGAACACGCCAAAAAGAAGCUGCAGAGAGACCUGGACGAGCAGGCGGAGAGCAGCGAGGAGCUGCAGAGCCAGCUCUACGCUCUGCGCAACGAAAUACGGCGGAAGGCGAAAUCGGCCCCGCUGAUGAUGAUAGUGGAAGAUCACACGGACGAUGUGGAUGACUGCAUCUCGGACUGAACGAUGCACCUUCAACGACUGGAAAGAUGAGAAGCAGUUAUUCUGUCUGUGAGGACCCCUGCCUGUACAGCCUCGUGGAUAACGCUCACUCACUGACGUUUCUCUGAGCCUGUUUCUUGUUGUGAAUUCUUAAUGUUUUGCUUAGAGUGGCCUCUAGUGGGCAUUUCUAAACUGCAUUUAUAAAUUGUAUUUCUAAACACCUAUUGACGUACCUCCAGAGGAACCAGUGAGGAGUGGAACAAAUGGAGCAAUGUUGACAACACGAUGAAACACAAUGAGCUUGUCGUAUUUCAAAACAUUUGAUUGUUUAAAAUACAUACUGAAUCAUGAUGUAUUUAACUUCAGUCAGUAGAGUGAAGUGGACAUGCUGAAGAAUAAUUGUUUAAAGUCCCUAAACCUCUAAUCCAACUAUGACUGUGUUUGCCUUUUGUAGGAAUGUCCUGUUCCAUACUGUUUGUAUGUAUGACUGCACUUAUUAUAGAUUAUCUGCAAAGCAGAAUACUGCACUGUUGACAGGAACGCAUCUCAUAACUGUAAAACUACCUAAAUUAAAAUGUAUUUUUCAAAUUGA